AUGGAAUAAGAAAAAGCAGUAACUGAUAUGGACAUCAACGAGCUUCGUAAGCUCAUGAUUGGUAAAGCUAUCAUAAAUAGUUCUGAUAUGUAAGGAGAUCUUUUACAAGAAGCAUAAGAUGUUAUAUAAUCUGGUAUUGAAAAUAACUCUGCACCCGUUUUAAAUAUUGAGGCUGCAUGCAAAUAUAUUAAAGAAAAUCUUGAUAAAAAAUUUGGUCCAACUUGGUAAUGCAUUAUUGGAGAAGGAUAUGCUUAUGAUGUUACAGUGUAAAAUAAUACUUUACUAUUUAUGUUUUACAACGGAAAUUUGGCUGUUUUGAUUUUUAAGAGUUGA